AUGCCGUCAGAUGUAGCUGAUGCAGAUGAUCAAUCGCAAUCUGCUCCUGAAGAUGUCAUCUACUUAUUCCUUCCUAGAAGUCAUGAACUCAGCAUUAGUCGACUUCUCACUUCUAUUUCCUUAAUAGGAUUGUUUACUAUUUCCAUUUGUGGAAACGCCAGUCAUUUAGCGUUGCAGUGCUAUGCCAGGAGAUUCCAAACAUCAUCCAAUCGCAUUAUACAACAUUUGAUAGCCGUAUUAUACAUCUUGUGCUUUCUUGUUCCAAUGGCUUUGCCCUGUGUGAUUUUGGAAAAGCUUGUAAGCAUCUGGAUGUUCGCUCCUCAUUCCUGUUCCAUCUAUCAUUUCUUCUUCUCAUGUGAAAGAGCCUUAAUACCAUGGAUUACGGUAUUUUUAUAUGUUUUUGUUUUAAACCAAAGCCGUUCGAAUGUGCUGCAAGCCCAACGACCUUUAUUAGGACUUUGUUGUCUCAUUAUGCUGAUUCUCAUCUUUUUUAUCAUAUUACCUCAAGCUUUUGCCGGAGUACUGGACGUUGUGUUCUAUCAAGCCGUCCAAGACGUCAAAUUCGUGAUGGUCGUUCAAAUCAGUCGCUGUAAGAAGGAUAUGUCAGAGCUUUAUAACUUCAUCCACUUAAUCAUAGAAUUUGCUAUACCAAUGGGUCUUCAAUUAUAUUUUCUAUUUCGAUUGUUGUCAGUUCGACACUUCUCGUCAUCCAAGCAUUUUUGUAGAAACAUGUUUAUCAUAACACUCUUACAAUUUAUCUGUCAUCCCCUCUACUAUCUGCCGUCAGGACUGAAGAAUUCGCUUUCUGACAGUCUGCCAAAAAAUUUCUAUGCUGACGAUCUUCCAUCAAUGCUUCCAUUCAUAGUUCCGGCUUUCAUUUGGCUUCCUCUGAGCAGUUUAUCUGUUUGUUCCUACAAUUGCAGAAAAAACGAUGAAGCUGAUGUGUAG